GAUCACGAGGUCAUUUCAACCUGCAGGAGAGUCGGCUAACUGCCAUUUACAGACUUUAUUCUGUUACUAUUUUAUUUCCUCGUUCCUGUACUAGCAAGAAAACGUGUUUUAAAUGGGCGUAUAGCAGCUGUAGGAGCAGCUCCAUAGUACCUUAGCUUAGCCUGAACCAGUGAGCUGCUCAACACGACGAGUUAAAGCAGGUUUCCGUAUUAAGUUUAUCUUUUUGUUUUCACAAAGAAGGGUUUGCUUGCUAGCAUGGAGUCGUGUGGCGCUACAGUUCUCGGGUUUUUAGCGAGCAUCGGGCUGGCUGGGCUUGUGUUUGCAGCACACAAACUUGGCUUAGUCUACCAGUUGUUUCACAAGACUGAGACAAAGAGCCCACGGCAUGGAGGUGAGAGCGUGGCAGAGGUCCUCAGAGCCCAUGGGGUCAAGUUCGUUUUCACCCUCGUCGGCGGGCACAUCUCACCCAUCCUGGUGGCCUGUGAGAAGAUGGGCAUCCGCAUCGUGGACACCCGACACGAAGCCACCGCCGUCUUCGCUGCUGAUGCUGUGGCAAGGCUCUCAGGCACUGUUGGUGUUGCAGCAGUGACUGCUGGCCCGGGCCUCACUAACACAGUGACUGCAGUGAAGAACGCUCAGAUGGCUGAAUCUCCGCUGCUGCUCUUGGGAGGAGCUGCUGGCACACUACUUCAGGGCAGAGGAGCGCUGCAAGAUAUCGACCAGAUGUCCCUCUUCAAGCCGCUGUGUAAGUUCUGUGCCUCCAUCAGGACGAUCAGGGAGAUCGUCCCUACGGUUAGGAAGGCUCUGGCCAUCGCUCAGUCGGGAACGCCUGGUCCUGUUUUCAUUGAGUUCCCCAUAGACACGCUCUACCCCUACCAUCUGGUGUGCAAAGAGUUCGCUGUUAAGAACCCUCCCAAAGGCCUGAUGGGAAAAAUUGUUGCAUGGUACCUCAAUAAUCACCUCAUGAACCUUUUUGCUGGAGCCUGGGAGAACAGAGACGUGUCUCCACUUCCUGUUCAAAUCCCUCAAGCCACAGACGAUCAGGUGCAAAAGUGCAUAGAGCUGGUGAGCCGAGCCAAGAAACCUGUUAUUGUGCUGGGUAGCCAAGCAACACUACCUCCAUCACCGACUGAUGACAUUAGGAAGGCUUUGGAGGAUCUGGGUAUCCCCUGUUUUCUUGGGGGAAUGUGUCGUGGCAUGCUGGGUAAAGACAGCCCCAUCCACAUCCGGCAGAACAGACAAGGCGCUUUGAAGGAUGCUGAUUUGGUGCUCUUAGCAGGAACUGUGUGUGACUUCCGGCUGGGCUACGGCAGAACUCUCAACAGACGCAGCAAGAUCAUCGCUGUCAACAGAGACAAGACCCAGCUGCUGAAAAACUCAGAUAUAUUCUGGAAACCAACUUUAGCAAUUCAGGGUGACGCUGGUUCGUUUUUGGUGCGGCUUUCCAAAGGGCUGAAGGGCCACCGUUGUCCAGAGGAAUGGCCACAGAGCCUCAAAGCUGGAGACACGACCAAAGAAAAUGCAAAUAGGGCUAAAGCUGAUGAGAAGACUGAACACCACUUGAAUCCCUUGAAAGUCCUCCAUCGAGUGGAUGAGCUCAUGGCCGAGGACAGCAUCAUUGUUGCAGACGGGGGGGAUUUUGUAGGAAGUGCUGCUUACAUAAUGAGACCAAGAGGACCUAUGCGUUGGUUGGAUCCAGGAGCCUUUGGUACUCUGGGAGUUGGAGGAGGUUUUGCCCUCGGGGCUAAACUGUGCCGGCCUGAAUCUGAGGUGUGGAUAGUCUAUGGUGAUGGCUCCUUAGGAUACAGUGCUGCAGAGAUUGAUACAUUCACUAGACACAAGACACCGGUCAUAGCUGUGGUGGGAAACGAUGCAUGUUGGAGUCAAAUAUCCAGAGAGCAGGUUCCCAUGCUGGGCAGCAACGUGGCAUGUGGCCUUGCAUUUACAGAUUAUCACAUCGUGGCAAAUGGUUACGGUGGUAAGGGCUACCUGGUAGGGCGUGAGGACGAGGACAGGCUGAGUGACAUCAUCAGACAGGCUCAGAAGGAGUGCCGGGAAGGCAAGGCCACACUUCUCAACGUUCUGAUAGGGAAGACCAACUUCAGAGAGGGCUCUAUCUCUGUAUAGAGCAGCUGUGCAUUUACACUUUGGAUUCUUUUUCCUUUAACUUUAGCUUCAUAGACUUUCACUAUCCAGGAUCUAUGAAGGAUUUUAGCAAAUAAGACAACUGAGUAGAGUCCAACCCUGAGCAGACCUCUGCUAAUCCCAUGUGUCCUUAAAGCCAUAUAUCACUAUGAUAAGAGACAUCGCUUUGCAAUAUGCUGAUCUCCCAUAAGAGUUUAUUUUCCCAUCAGUUGCAGUGUCCCUUAUUUCUUUCAUCAGACUAGUAAAAAACACUCAUAACAUGUCUACUGUUAUUAUUACUUUGUAUUUGAGCUAUUUCCUAUUAAGUUUAAUUAUAUUUUAAACAGCUCCAGACCUGCCGGUCUACAAACUAAAGCUUCUGUUGUGCAUCCUGCUACUUUCAGGUUCAUGUUGUGCUAUUUCAAAGAAUCGCUGCUGCAUUUGAAAAAGGGAAAGAAUGAAUAACAGCAUACUUGUGCUUUGUUAAGGGAUUUUUCCCUCUGGAGGAGGUUGUGGGUGAGAUGUUUGACCUUUAAACAGCCUAAUGCAACUUUUGCAAAUAAACCAGUGACUGGAAUCACUCAUGAGACAGAGAGAGAGCAUUGGUUUAAAGUUAUUACAUGUAACCAGUAUGCCUUUUCUCUUGUUCUGACUUGAACACAGAGCCUUUUUGUGAGGAUACAUGAAAUCUUAGCUCUGUAAUAUUCUUUAAUAUUUGAUGAUUUGGGAUAAAAAUUUGUUGAAUGGGAAAUAUUUUUUGAAUGUUGACGAUUGAUAAAUGGUAUGCCUUUUAAUGCUUGAUUGUAUCUUCUAUUGAUAUGUAUAGGCUGAAAAUGUGUGCUGAUUCAGUUAUGUAUUUAAAUACUAUUUCAUACUAACUUGUAUGAAGUGAUAUGGGCUAUCGUUUAAAAAUAUGCCUGUUAUUCCAAUACGGAUUGCACUAUAAUUCUAACAGACUUACUCACUUGAUGUGGGUCAUCUCACUCCAGUGUUUAUUACUGUUUGUUUGGUACUUUGAGGGGAGCUAUGUCAGCUUUUGAUCCUAAAAUGUUACUUUGGAUUGAUUCCCAAAUAAAUUUUAAAAAAGUAAGAGAAA